AUGUCUAUCUAUCUAUCUAUCUAUCUAUCUAUCUAUCUAUCUGAAACGUGGUAUAAACUCGUUAUCUAUCUAUCUAUCUAUCUAUCUAUCUAUCUAUCUAUCUAUCUAUCUAUCUAUCUGAAACCUCGAUAUCUAUCUAUCUAUCUAUCUAUCUAUCUAUCUAUCUAUCUAUCUGAAACAGACGCCUUCCCUGAUGAAAAAGGUGGCAUAAACUCGAUAUCUAUCUAUCUAUCUAUCUAUCUAUCUAUCUAUCUAUCUGAAACAGACGCCUUCCCUGAUGAAAAAGGUGGUAUAAACUCGAUAUCUAUCUAUCUAUCUAUCUAUCUAUCUAUCUAUCUAUCUAUCUAUCUAGACGAACGUGCUUUACGAAUUUGGCCACUUUUCUGCCAGAGAAAUGGUUUCCCUGAUGAAAAUGGGGAUACUAGUUGGAUUCAUAUCUAUCUAUCUGAAAUAUCUUUUUACACAUUCGGCCACUUUUCGCUUGAUUCCUAUCUAUCUAUCUAUCUAUCUAUCUAUCUAUCUAUCUAUCUAUCUAUCCGAAACAAAAUGUGUGUUGGCUGGCUGGCUGGCUAUCUAUCUAUCUAUCCCAGUCUGACCAUUAUCUAUCUAUCUAUCUAUCUAUCUAUCUAUUAG